GAGACUUUGGAAACUUUAAAAUUCAGAUUUUACUUAACCUUCUGCUCCAGGUCAAUCGUUCCUCAAACCAAAAAAUACGAUCUACGUGCGCAGAUUCACUGGGUCUAGGUACUUUGAUGUGAAUGACCUCGGCCUUUCUAGUCAAUUUUAAAUUAUUGGGCUUUUCAAUUUUGGUGACUGAAGAUUAGAAGGUCGCGCCGGUUCUGAACCUGUUAUCGCUUCACCUAUUAUUUGCUGCGCAGUAGUUGCCGAAAGUUUAAGCGGGGUGCUAUAUCUGUAGUGUUCUUCCAAUGGUAAAAGGGGUGAGUGGUAUUGGUACUUCCCUUGGAGAAACUGAACCAACAGGGCUGAGGUUUCAGUUUUUUCCAAAUAUGGAAAACUCUGCUUACGUACCAAGCUCAGCGCACAUGAAUUCUCCAGCAUUGGUGGUGUUUUCGCAAGCCGCCGGCGGAUUGCAAGAUGCACUGCGAAUUCAAAGGCCCUUCAAUCCACAGUUUCAGAUGGCCGAAGCGACAAAGGACUUACACAGACCAUUUACAGCGACAAGUUUUGGACUUCGUCAUAUGGAAGCGUAUGGGGGGAUUCCCGCUCAUAUCUUAAACCAUCUUCAGCCUCAGUUUUUACAUCCGGGUUUAUCAUUAGGUUCGGGCGCGUUUCGUCCACUCGCGGAUUUAAAAUCAUUUCCAUCGCCGUCCGCUUUUGCACCGCCGAAGUGUUUAAAAAUCGAAACUAAUAGUGAUUCGCUUCAAGUUCCGGCGGGACAUGGAAUUUUUUCACCCUCUGAGGAGCGCUUUCUGGGCCCAAGUCCGAGAACGGACUCCUGUUCGCCAGCAAGCGCUUCUAUGUCACCGCAACCCCCGACAAACAUAGGAAAUGUCAAAGAAGAAAGUCUCGACGCUCAUAUGUCCGAAGAUGGGGACGUUGCUCAUGGUCCGUCGACUGACAACGAUUCACCCGGAAUUCAAGAUGACAACAGAGGAUUUCGCAGCCCUCUGCUGGGAGGCAGCUUCGGCAGCGGAGCUUACACAUUCUCUGUGCCUGGGCUACCGCCUGUUGCACAUGCCAUCAACAAGACUAGUUUCUUCUUCGACCAUGGUUAUCGAGGUAGAUUCACAAACAGACAAAUUGAUAUUUCUGUAAAAAAGAAAAAAGACCCUUCCUGCUGUCCGGUAUGCGGAAUGGGAAUUUCACCCGGAGACCUGGAGGCGCAUUUCAUCCACGAGUUGGAACGUCUCUACAAACUUAGCGAAGCUGGAAGUAUUGGGAGUAGAAAAAGACGACCCGAUCCAGGAAGGCCGCCGGCUCUGCCUGGAGACAGCGGUCCUGAGGGUCGGUGGGAGACGUUUCAACGAAUCAAGACGAACAGACAGGGAAGGCUGCGAUUAAAAAUAAGAAAAAGGAAAGCGGACGACGGUUGCCCUAUUUGUGUAAGCCACAUGCAUAAGAGCUCAGACGAACAUUGUUUGAGAAAGAACCUAUGCAAUGAUGAAGACGAAACGGUGGACGUUGAAGGCGAUUCGGAGCUUGAAGAAUGGACUGAAACCCAAAAACGAAGGUCGGAUGUUCUUCCUGUGCGCUUUAGUGAAACUACACCAAACAGCAGCGGCCGAAUAAGCAUCGAUACGGAAAUUGACAGUGAAGAUUUAGUAGUUGACGGCGACGAACCUGAAGAAUCUUCAUUUGGACCUUCGCAAUAUACUGAAUCUGAUAUCGCUGGGAAAACCAACGACGAUAAAUAUAAAGAUAAGGACGCAGUGCAAUCGCAAGUCGCCACCGUUAAUUCGAGCGGGGAUGUCGAGGUAAAGGUGGAGAGUGCUGGACCACAAUGUGAUAGUAACGUCAGCACAUCAGACGCCGAGCCUAGCAGCAGGGCACAAAUCAUUGAAGAACUCAGGAAUAGGAUUCGCCAACUGGAGGCGGAAGGGACCGGCGAUGCUGCUACUAGUACAGAACCAGAAGAGUAUAAAUGCCUCAUAUGCUUGGAGCAUUAUAAGAAACCAGUUAUUUCAACAGUUUGCUGGCAUGUGCACUGCGAAGAAUGUUGGCUACACACUCUUAGUAGUAAGAAAGUCUGCCCGCAGUGCAGCAUGAUAACGUCGCCAUCAGACCUGAGGCGCAUCUUCAUGUAACGUUGUUAAAAGAACUUGGUUUAUACAUCACAGCACUUUCAGAUGUUUCCAGCACUUCACUUAAAAAUGCACCAUUAGUAGUCUUACCGAUGUUAAAAAACUGUAAAAAAAAAUACCAAAUCGUAUAUCACCCAUUAUAUCGUACGUAUUUGUACCUACCUACCCAAUAAUGUGCUAUCCUCGCUUAGUUCUUUUGUAAAA